AAAACAUCAGUUUUCGUCCAGCUCUACUCUAAUAUACACAAAGCAGCGAAAAAAUUGAAUAAAAAGCGAAAAAGUCAAUUAAAAGUUGCCCACUGAUUAGAACUACCACCCCGAAAUCCAAACACAUAAUCAGAUGCCCGAGGACCAACUGAUAAACCUAACACCGCAUCAAAAGACUGGUUGAAAAGCGCUAAAUAAACAUUCGGCCAGGGGAGGGGGCCCAAGCAAAAAAAAAAAACACUCGAGUCUUCCGAAAAUAUUUCAUCCAAGAAUACCACACAGAGCGCUUUGGAUUGAAAAUGGCCACCAGCGAGAUUUCUAGCUCGAACGAGCGGCAUUACUACGCCAAACUGGAGGCCAUCAAGGAUAUACGCGACAAGACCCUGUCGCUGGAAAAGCUGAAGGUGCGGAUCAUCAAGGAGGUGAAACUGAGCGACGACGAGGAGAAGUGUUUGGAGGAGUACCGCAAGGAGAUGGAGCACCUGCUCGAGGAGAAGAUGUCGCACGUGGAGGAGCUGCGCCAGAUCCAUGCGGAUAUCAACGAUAUGGAGAACAUCAUCAAGCAGACGAAAGAGAACCAGACGCGCUCCUUUGACAUGGCCAACCGAGUGUACGAGGAGUACUUGGCACUCAAGUACCAGAUCGACCACAUGCGACGGGACUAUCUGGGACUCAGUCCGCUGAGGGAUCUGCACGAGGAGGAAGGCAGUCCCAUCUCCAAGGAUCGCUUCCAGACCAACUUUCUUAAGGUAGCCGCCCAAUCGGCGGCAGCAGCUGCGGCUGCAGCAGCCGCGGCGGCCUCGGUUAAUCAGACCUCGUCGCUGGCCCGUCCGCACGCCCGGCAUCCAUUGAUGCCAGAGGCAACAGUGACCGCCCUGCCGUCGACCGGAGGCCAAGGAGGAGGCGGCGGAGGAGGAGCUGGCGGUGGUGGCGGAUCUGUAGGCGGUGCAGGAGCCGGGGGCGGAAAUCCGGGACACGCCUUCAUGCCGCCCGCACCACCGGGAGCGGGCAGUGCUGCUGCCGCAGCCGCUGCGGCCGCUGCUGCAGUGCGUCUGGGCAAGGGCGAUUUCUCAGCACCACCACCACCGCCGCCGCCCAGCAAUCGACUUCAGCAAUCGCCCUCCAUCGGCAUCGGGCACCAUCCGUCGUUCCGCUCUGACUUCAAUGUGAAUCUCCGUCAGCAGCCGCCGCCGAUGAAGUCCUGUUUAUCCUGCCACCAGCAGAUCCACCGAAAUGCGCCCAUCUGUCCGCUUUGCAAGGCCAAGUCGCGCUCCCGCAACCCCAAGAAGCCCAAGAAGAAGAACAACUAAGCGGCGAACCUUAAAGACCAGCAAACUACACUCAUCUUAAGUCCGGAGCUGGUUCCGGAAUAUUAGCCCUUAAACAAUAUGUUUUUUUUUAACUUCUAUUUAUUAAUCAAAAAUGAAAGUAUUACAUAACAAAGUAUGCAGGUGCGCCGAUGGAUUUUUUAAAUUCAAAAACAAUAGUUACUGUGUCAGAUGAAACAGAAUAUUAAUUGCAGUUUGGUUUCAACACAAUAUUUUAAAACUUAUUCUAAAUUCUGUAUAAUUCAUAACACACCUGCCAUCAAGAAUUUCUCAUCACAAGUUUAGUCGGUAUAUCCCAUUGAAUUUGAUUUUUAUUUCUACUUUAAUCAUAGGCUAAGGUUAUUGUAAAAGCUCAAAUAAUGUGUCAAAUUAUCGAAAACCAAUUCUUUUUAUACAUGUAAGCCACGCAAAAUAUGCGAGUAUGCCAUAUUAAGCGACAAAAAAGGAAAUAAAAGUACUUAAUUUUUAAAAGCA